GAGAGUGUGUGUUGUGUGUGUGUGUGUGUGUGUGAGCGAGAGAAAGGUCAUAGGGAGUUCUUCAAUCCAAGAGAUUUGUAGUGUGUGAGGGAUUCCUGGGCUGUGGAGCGCGCGCGAGAGAGAGAAGGAGCUAAGCUUGAGGUUCUCCUUUUUUUUUUCCUCCUCUCCUCGCUUUCUCGUGUGCUUGCUUGCUUGCUUGCGCUUGCUCGCUCGCUUCCAGCGGAUUCCACAGCGUUCUCUCGUGCACACACACUGACACACCCCAUUUUCCCAUCCCUUUCUUCUCUCUCUCUCUCUUUUUCUCUCCUCUCCUCGCAUCUCUAGCACAAGCCCUCGUUUCUUUCUUGCUCCCAGUGCCAAUUCUUCGCGGGCGAAUCCGGCGCCCUCCUCCUGGGCUUUAGGGAUUGGAGCCGCGGCAAUGGCGAGGCGAGCAGCGCAUUGGGCUGCAUUGGGCGCGCUCCAAAUCAGGUGAGACUCGUCCCAAUCCCAGCUCCGCCGUAAUCCCAGAUGGGUUCCACGGAAUUCCUCCCCCAGGGCUCGUGAUCUGCUCCACUAGACUGGAAUCGCAGCGUGGGCUCGCUCCAGGACAUGCGGCGGGCGUACUUUUGAUCCCCGGGGCUGGAUUCGCCGGGUGGAAGCAUUUUAGGCUGGAUUCGCAGGGUCGCAGCAAAUGCCCAGUGGCGGCAUUUGGAGGUGUCGUCCGAGCUCCCGCGAGUGAACAACGAUGAGAGAUGGGAGAAGAGGAGGAGGAAUGUGUAGUGGUGAUGGAUGCCGCUGGGGGUAUGUGAUAUCGCGGCCGGAAUGUCUGGGCUCGUUCCAUCGUCCUCGGAGACAACACCAUCUUUGUCAACGCCGCCAGCCUACGAGAGCGAUCUCAUCUCUUCCGAGAGACACGACAGGAGGAAUGCCAGUAGCAGGACUAGUAGCGGCAGCAGCCUGAGCAGCGCUGGGAGCUCCGGCGCGCUGCUCGAUCAAACGCAGCAGCACAGGUUACUCCCGGAAGAACAGGCGUCGCGCGACCAGGGUGGCGAGGGUGGCGAGGGUGGCGAUUGCGUGGCUGCCAACGAUGGCUUCCCGAGCUAUGGAUUGGUGUCCUUCAUCGGACGCCGCAAGGAGAUGGAAGACGCUGCUACCAUCGCUGGAGACUUCCUGUCACUUCCCUGUGACAUUGCCCGUCACUCCAGCCAAGAUGGUCACCAUAGCUCGCACCACUUCUUCGGUGUUUACGAUGGGCAUGGCGGAUCCCAGGUAGCACACUUUUGCAAGGAUCGUCUCCACGUCGCUCUAGUGGAACAGAUCAAAGAGUCGAUAGCUCUGGCCGGGUUUGCCAGUGCAAACGAGGUGACGUGCUGGGACACCGUGUGGGAGAAGGCUCUGGAGUCGUGCUUCCUCAAAGUUGACGGCGAGAUCGACUCGAUGUGCCUGCGGCCAGGCAACUGCGACAAGUGCGAGGUGAACACGGGCGUUUGCUGCGAGACGGUCGGAUCCACCGCGGUCGUCGCCGUGGUGAGCUGCUGCCGGAUUGUCAUCGCAAACUGCGGGGACUCGCGGGUGGUGCUUUGCCGCGGUGGUCGGGCCAUUCCACUCUCGGUGGAUCACAAGCCCGAAAAGGAGGAUGAGAUGCAACGCAUCGAGGACGCCGGCGGUCGAGUCAUCUUCUGGAACGGCUACCGAGUCAUGGGAAUGCUGGCCAUGUCCAGAGCGAUUGGCGAUCGCUACCUCGACCGCUUCGUCAUCCCAAACCCGGACGUCAAGUGCGUGGUGAGGAGCGACGAGGAUGAGUUUCUAGUCCUGGCCAGCGAUGGCUUGUGGGACGUUCUCACCAACGAGCAAGUGUGCGAGGUGACGAGGAUGUGCCUGGCGGGGCGGUGUACCAGCAACCUCGACGCUCUCUCGGCACACACGCACGGCACCGAGACCUCCCACGCCCGCGUCGCCGCCGCCUACCUCACCAAGCUCGCCUACAAUCGCCGCAGCGGCGACAACAUCAGCGUGCUCGUCGUGGACUUGAGAAGCGGAGUUGCGGCGGCGGCGGGGAUGCUCUCCUCGGUUUCUAUAACUUCCUCCUCCUCUAGCUCUAGUUCUUCGCCCGCGAUGCCAGUUUCUACGAUGACAAGUACUACUACUACUGCUGCUGCUGCUUCUACCGCUACCGUCGCUGCUGGAUCAACUCCAACAUCGGAAGUAGCAGCCACGCCUUGAGAGAUUUCUCUUUUCUUAUCUACGUUUUCUUUUUUUCUUCCGCGAUCGUUCUCCUCCUCCUUGGUCAUCGUCACCUUCUUAAGUUUUGGAUCUCCUUCCACACGAUCUGGCCCAGAGAGACUCGUUCUCUUGUUAAAUCACUGUGGACUACUAUUAACAAACGAAUUUGUAAAUUUAUCUCU